GUAGUGGAUACGGUGUCGUAUUAACUCCUCCGUCAAGAUUACUUCUCUGUCGCCGUCGCCGCCGAGAUCAAUCGAUCGAUACACAGAGAAAGAGAGAGAGAGAGAUGGCUAUGUCUCAGGUGGUGAACACGUACCCUCUUUCGAAUUACAGCUUCGGAACUAAAGAACCGAAGCUGGAGAAGGACACCUCCGUCGCCGACCGACUCGCUCGUAUGAAAGUCAACUAUAUGAAAGAGGGCAUGAGGACUAGCGUUGAAGGGAUUCUUCUGGUGCAAGAACACAACCAUCCUCAUAUACUUCUCCUGCAAAUCGGUAACACAUUCUGCAAACUUCCAGGUGGACGCCUGAAGCCUGGAGAAAGUGAAGUCGAAGGUCUGAAGAGAAAGUUGACCAGUAAGCUUGGAGGCAAUUCGGCUGGAAUUGUACCUGACUGGAAGGUAGGAGAAUGUGUUGCGACAUGGUGGCGUCCAAACUUUGAAACCAUGAUGUACCCGUAUUGCCCUCCUCACAUCACGAAACCAAAGGAAUGCAAGAGACUCUACAUUGUUCACUUAUCUGAGAAAGAGUACUUCGCAGUGCCCAAAAACUUGAAACUCUUGGCCGUCCCUUUGUUUGAACUCUAUGACAAUGUUCAGAGAUAUGGACCGGUUAUAUCGACCAUUCCUCAACAGCUAUCCAGAUUCCAUUUCAACAUGAUUAGUUCGUGAUUCUACUCGGUGUUCAAGAAGAAGAAACCUGUCAGAUUAGGCACGAUAGAGAGAUGUAGCUACCAGUUUUAGAGAUCCGAGUUCUGGAUGAUGCAUGUUGGUUUCUUUACAUUAUAGACUUGUUGGCAUUAUGAAGAACAGGUUCGUUCAUGUAUCAGCACAAGAAGAUUAUUCAUCUAAUUUCUAAAAGCAUUCGUCAUUAUUUGACUAA